GUGGCACUUGCAUCGCCGCUCUCACCCGACUGCCCCGCUGGGCCCCCGACUUGCCCGGCUCCGGAGCAGACCCGGCUUGCCCUACCGGCUUGGUUUCACAAGCCAAGAGAAGGAUGGAAGGAGCAGCAGAGGCAAGCAUGCAAGUACCUGGCGAGGUUGCAGCGCAGCAUUCGUUCCUCUUUCCAAUCGGCUAUGAUAACUCUUCCGAGUGCGGGUAUUGCCGAAGAAGCCGUGGUGGUCAGUUUGCAAAGCGUUAUUCCUACUAUGCCAUAGCGACGUCCCUGACCCCAGCCUUCUACCAAAAGAUCGUUGACCGUUGCUGGAGGCGCUCUGGCACUCUUUUGUACCGGCCGAAUCCGAGGCACUCGUGUUGCCCACACUACACCCUUCGGUUGGAUUCGACCCAGUUCAAACCCACCAAGGACCAACGCCAGGCCGUCAACCGCUUUAACCGCCACAUUAUCGGGGAUACCUAUGUCAGGGAGGCGGCCCGUCUGCAUCCGCGAUCCCGCGCCGAGGUAAGGAGGCGCCACAAUGUCUUUGACCUGGUCGAGAGAAUCCACGAGCCAGAGGCCCAAGCCCUCAAGACCCCCCCAACACCGGACCACGACUUUACUGUCACUCUAGAGCCGGAUACGUUCACCGAGGAGAAGUACGAGGUUUUUGAGAACUACCAGCGCGUCGUCCACCGCGAGCCGCCCGAGAAGAUAUCCCGCAAUGGUUUUAAGCGGUUUCUGUGCAACUCCCCCCUGAGCCGGGGUGUAAUGGUAGGCCCGGACGGUAGGGAACGCCAGCUGGGAUCCUUCCACCAGUGUUACCGCAUUGACGGAAAGCUGGUUGCCGUCGGCGUGCUAGACCUCCUACCCGAUUGCGUGAGCGCUGUGUACUUCCUUUACCAUGAGUCGAUACAUUGGCUCAACCCGGGCAAGCUCGGCGCGCUGCGGGAGAUAGCCCUGGCACGCGAGGCCGGCUACCGUUGGUGGUACCCUGGCUACUACGUGCAUAAUUGCGCAAAGAUGAGGUACAAGAUCGAGUACAAACCGCAGUAUGUCCUGGAUCCAGAAGAUCUGCGGUGGUAUCCGCUUGAUAAGGAGGCGCUGGCGCGGUUCGAUAAGGCACAUUACGUCUGUUUCUCGAGAGACAUGCGGGAACAUGAACAGGUCAGUCAUGACGACGGGAUCCACGACGGCACAGCAGAACCGCCGCUGCCAGAAGCAGCAGGAACAUGUGCUAGUGGAGCCGGCCCACCAGAAGAAGCAGAUGAAGAUGAUGUCGACGAGUAUGAGGAAGGGGAAGGGGAGGAGGGGACCUUCCUUCUGUCUAGCAGCAUGCCCGGAAUCCCAUCGCUCGCCGAGAUGGAACAGGUUAACAUGGACGGCCUGGUGCUACGGUCCGACUUCUCGGACAACCUGAUCGUCGCCUCGCACCUUGUCAGUUGGGAUACGGAGAAAAUCUCCGACUUUGGCACGCUCAAGUCGCGCAUUGCCGAGCUCGUGGCGGCUGUAGGGCCCGAUCUGAUUGGCGAGAUCUGUAUUGAUUUUCGGAGGAGGUCUUCGUGAUAGCCAGCUGGUGUAGGCUCCGUCCGUAUGACGGCUGCUAGAUCAUGAAUACAGGGUGGCGAAGAGGGCGAGCGGGCGCGAGUGCGGAUUUUGCAGCACGCACAGUUAGUUAGUGCAGUGCAUCGCGGAUGCGGCAGGAGGGCUUGGUUGGGUGGACACAGCGAGG